ACUUCCCAGCACAAGGCAGCACAGUCGCGAUGGCAGCGGCACCGUCUACAACCCGUCAAUGGGGUGUCACUCCUCCUAUCUCGACCACUUUGCCAACCGCCCAAGAAUUAUCAGCGAACGACGAUCUUAUUGCAGAGCUGAAGCUCCAGAACAACUUCGAAAGUCCGGCGGAGACUGAACGAAGGAAACAAGUACUUCAACUUCUACAGCGCGUUACAAUCGAGUUUGUUAAAGUGGUCAGUCGUAAAAAGGGCCUAUCUCAAGCAGCAGUGGAAGCAGCAGGAGGAAAGAUUUUUACAUAUGGAAGUUAUCGUCUAGGAGUCUAUGGACCCGGGUCGGAUAUCGAUACUCUAGUCCUUGGACCGAAACACGUGGUGAUUGAUGACUUCUUUGCCGAGUUUCCUCCCUUGCUCGAAAGCAUGGCUCCUCAAGGAGCCGUGGAGAAGAUCACUCCAGUUCCGGAUGCGUUCGUUCCUCUGAUAAAGCUCGAGUUGUCCGGUAUCAGUAUCGACUUGAUUUUCGCCCGCCUGAUUGUACCCUCGAUUCCUCUAAAUCUUGAUCUGAAGAACAAUGACUAUCUAAGAGGUCUCGAUGAAAAGGAGGUACGAUCGCUCAAUGGAACUCGUGUAACGGACGAGAUACUGGAAUUAGUGCCGCAGCAGAAAACGUUCCGCCUUGCGUUGCGCGCAAUCAAGCUGUGGGCUCAACGACGGGCUAUCUACUCUAAUAUUGUCGGAUUCCCGGGUGGUGUCGCUUGGGCUAUGCUAGUAGCACGAGUGUGCCAGCUGUAUCCCCAAGCGACCGGCUCCGUCAUUGUGGGCAAAUUCUUCCGGAUUAUGAACAAAUGGGCUUGGCCUCAGCCGGUGUUGUUGAAGCCAAUUGAAGAUGGUCCUCUGCAGAUGAAAGUCUGGAAUCCUAAGAUCUAUCAUGGCGACCGGUUUCACUUGAUGCCUAUCAUUACGCCGGCCUAUCCGUCCAUGUGCGCAACGCACAACAUUUCUAUGUCUACCAAAGCUGUAAUCCUCCGGGAACUUCAGCGCGGCGGAGAUAUUGUGGACAAGAUUUGGGCCAAGCAGGCAACGUGGAAUGAUCUCUUCAAGAAACACUCUUUUUUCACAAAUGACUACAAAUAUUAUCUUGGGGUUACUGCCUCCAGUAGAACAAAGGAAGCAGAGUCGGUUUGGUCCGGCCUCGUCGAGUCCAAGGUUAGGCACUUAGUCGGAGCAUUGGAUCGAAAGCCUACCAUCGCGGUCGCUCAUCCAUUCCCCAAAGGAUUUGAGCGGAUUCAUAUUGUCAGCAACGAGGAGGAGGCCGAGGCGGUCAAGAAUGGUUCCCUCAAAUACCAAGAUAAGGGCACGAAAACAGAAACAACCGACGAGAUCAAAGAUGCGGCUCACCAGGCUGCAGCUCAAAGUGGAAGAGAAGACACCGACGUUCCCGGUGCAGCAAACAACACCGCUGCUAAUGAUGGUCGGAUAAUAUAUACAACGACUUACUAUAUUGGUUUGGAGUUAAAGCCGGUCGAACCAGGAGCGUCCCGGUCAUUGGAUAUCUCUUCAGAUGCACAAUUCUUCAAAUCCAUGUGUACGUCAUGGCCUGGGUAUCAGCCAGGCAUCAAUGAUCUCUCCAUUACUCAUGUUCGCAAUUACGAUUUGCCCGAGGACCUGUUCCAAGAGGGCGAGGCUCGACCCACUCGACCCAAGAAGAAGGUCGUCAAGAAAGUGCCAGCAGGCGGACAGAAACGAAGCUUCGAUUCCGUGGACGAUCCUUCAAACCCCGCUGCAAAACGGCAAGUUACCGAUAGUUAUGCAACUGCCACCGCACAGCCUGCGUGA